AUGGCGGGUUCCGGCGGCAGGAGCAGGGAGCUCCCCACGUCGCGCGCGGAUGCCGCGGGGGGCAAGCGGCGGAGCCAGAGGUGGGAGGUGGAGUUCGCGCGCUACUUCGCGACGCCGCGGCGCAGCCCCUCGACGGCGCCGCCCCCCGGCCUCCGUUUUGUGUCCCGCGGCAGGAACCGCCUCCACGGGACCUGGCUCCCGGCUGCCUCUACCGCCGCGCUCUGCAUCUCCCGCCCCAGCCACUCCUUCGCUGCCCACGUCCUCACCGUCUCCAUCGGCGACGUCGUCUACGAGGAGCACUAUGUCUCCAUCCUCAACUUCUCAUGGCCACAAGUUGCAUGCGUGACAGAGUGCCCAGUUAGAGGGAGCAGGGUUGUGUUCGUGAGCUUUUGUGAUAGGUCCAAGCAGAUCCAGAAGUUUGCUGUACGUUUCCCACAUCUAGGUGAUGCAGAAUCAUUCUUGAAUAGUGUGAAGGAGCUCUCAAGCAACACCAUGGAUGUCAUACCAUCUGGAAGCGACUGCGUGUAUGAAGAUUCAUCAUCAUCUGAACAUAUUGCUUCUGAUGGACCUCAAUACAGGCCUGAUGAGGUGGCAAGCUUUGAGGAGCCAACUUCUGAUCACAGGACAGAUGCAUCUUCAUUAGGCUACCCUGAGGAGAAAGACCAGUCUGUUCUUCCAUCUCCUCUGGCUACAAAUAUCGAUAGCAGCUACUCCGGUUACCUUCAUAGCUACUCUGAAAUGCCGACAGGUUAUUCCAUAAAAAAUGAGAAAGAUAUAAACGUACCCUGUCCAGCGACUGCAACUGGUCAUGCUCCUGAAAAGGCGUGCACACUGGAUACUUUUCAUGAUGCUGCAGUUGCUGGUACAGAAUUGAUUGCUGAUAAAGGAAAGGUUACUGCUAAAGAGAUUGAUGAUAUUUUGGCAGGGAUAAAGACAUAUGGGGGCGGCGACUCUUUCAAUGAUAUGUUGGCCUCGCUCGACAAAGUCAUUGAUGAACUGGGUGGCGACAUGUUACUUUAGUUGGCAAAACCUCUUGUACGCCACUGGAAGACCAUACUUGCUUCUGACCAAUAUAGCAAUUUAAUGGUACUUCGCCUAGUGUUGGUACUGCUCCUAUAAUGAAAACCUAGUCUUAUCCUGUGUGGCUGUAUCGCUACAAGCUACCUAGAUGAUAACAUUGUGGGACUAGCAAGAAUUAGGCAGUAUGUUUUCUCUGAUGUAGC